AUGUUAGGACCGACUGUGACCCCGACCAUGUCGGGGUUUUACCCAGUGGGAAACACACCUCCGGUCGAUGUGUUAGAAUCUAUACCGCCAGGCCAGGACUCCGAGGUGUUACUACUCGGCUGCGGUGAUGCUCGCAACCUACUAUUUACGCUCUACUGUCGGCCAUCGUCAGAUCAGAGUCACCUCAACUUUACGUGCUGCGAUAUCAGUACUGAAAUAAUUGCUCGAAAUAUCCUCCUCUACACGCUCCUCAUUGAUGAUGUGGACGGCGCGGACACAGGUCGCAUCUGGAAUAUUUACUAUCACUCGAUGCUGGACGAAGAUUCACUACAUCUGUUGCAAAAGCAGGCGCGGAAGUUGGCGGACUUGGGCAUAACAAUCGAGAAUUGGCGUCAACAGCCAUACGGGAAGGCCCUACGUUUCUGCGACCAAAGCACUUUUGACCGUGUGGUCAAGUUGUGGACAUGGUAUGCCCUUGAUAUCAAAGACGGGCCUGCCUUCGAAGAACAACAAAAGCGGCUCAAGUACAUGUCCAGGAUGGCACUUAGCUCUCAUGAAAAGAUUAUGGGAUGGUCUUGCAAUACUUCGACUCUUCGUUCGGCAGCUCCCUGUUCAAACCUGGUCGUGGAGCAUAUGGGAUCGCUUCUGCCUGGUUACUGGGUGACUGGGUUGACCGACCAUGAUGCCAAACUCAUUGCCACAUCCACAUGCCUUAAUCCAACAUUCUCGACCAUGCAUGAACUUUCGUUGGUCUAUGCAUCGAUGGAGCCAUUACAAUCUUUCCACUUGGCGACUGCUUAUGCGCCGCUGAAGAAAGACUCCCCCUUCAUUCCCAACUCAAGGACAUUACCGAGACUCAAUCCUCUAGCCCAAGCCGCUACAAGGCAGUUUCAAACCUGGGCGGAAACAUUUCGACGAGCCAAAAAUCGUUUGACAAUACGAUUUACGUCUUCUGAUGCUCUGGCUUUCUGCCACGUGUUACAACAUCAUGCGGUCCGUCACAACAGCCAGGGUGCCUUUCAAUAUCGAGAUAGGUUACGGUACGAGCAACUUGUCCUUGACCCGGUGGAGUAUCGUUCAAGACUACCCGCCGAAAACAUGUUCGAUGUGAUUGAUACUUCCAAUCUUGUCGAUCACUGGGGUUCCUUGAAUAUCCUAGCAGCCUGCAGGCCUCUGCUCAAACCUGGAACCACCUCCACCAUCUACAUGGAACUUUUGCAAUUGCGCGAUGAGAGUCUCGAGCCGUAUUCCAAAGGGCUAUUGUGUGGCGAUGUUGUUACUGUAUCGUUACUCUUUGGCCUCAAUCCCAUCCAAUUCUGGACAAACACAACAACCUUUUCGUCACACCCAGAAACCAUGGCGCGGUCUAUGGCGGAACCGGGUACAGGAGGUCAAGCUCGCUUCAUCAUGGUAUGGAAGAAUGCGAACAUGCUCGGAGUCAAAUUUGAUCCAGACCACCUCGCACGCUUUGUGUACAGCAUGUAUCUGCGGAUGUUCGAACAUGAAAAGCCGACGACUCAGUCAUCAAAAGCCGCCAACCGAUUGGCGCGAAUACAAUUUCCGCAAUACACGCGCGCUGGGCUGGCCGUCAUUCUGAGUUUGAUCAAAGACGCCAACUUCGUCGACUUCACAGUGUUUUUGGAACGUCUUCAUGCCUGUUUGUCCAGUGGCUUGGCCCAGGAGAUGCCGGGUUCACAGUACGCACAAUCGCUGGACCUGCAUCUGCAUGAAUUCGGAUUGUGCACCCCAACCAUACACAGCGAGAAUAUCGAGAAUGCCCAAACUUUGGAACCUAAUCCCUUUCGAAACUGGCUUGACAUGUCGUCAACAGUCUAUCUGAGUGUUGCCGUUCCGCAUUCGAAGUGGUUACCUCUUCUAUUUAUCCCGAAGCCAGAUACAUGGCCCCUUUUCCAGCUUUCUUUGCGACUUCCAAAUCUCGAUCGCGGGUCUCACUUCGCUGACGUGCAGAUUGGCUUCGGCGUAAUCCGAACGAGAGGAACGAGACACACCUCGAGCUAUGCAGUGGAAAUCGAGACUGACGAACGGGAAAUGGAACCACCGAACCUUCUGAUUGUCUCGGCUCUUAUACCUGCAUGCAUACUGUUGGAACAUCUCCGCUCCUCGACGGUGGCAAUUCAGUUCAUGCCUAGAACACACGAACCCCCCGGUGCGAGAGCAGUCCCGGAAAGUGUAGCGACGGACGUUUUUCGCCAGGCCAUUACGGCUCAUACGGCAUCCCUGGAUGACGAGAGCGUUUUCGUCACGCAAAACCCCCCAAACAUGAAGGGACGAAUGCUUUGUCCAUAUAUUCCUGGCGCGCUUAUGUGGAAACAACCUGUAGGUACUGCUGAUACCGGAAAAGUGUCGUUCCACAUGAUGUUCGACCAGGAAGCGACUAGGGUAGAGAAGCUCACUUUGCAUAUCGACCUCUCCUCCACCAACGCUGAACCUUUGCUGCAGUCGAAGGAUCACAUCGAGUUUAAGCUGUUGUCUUCUUUCGUCCUCGAACUCAAUAUCGGUUCGGGGUCAAAGACAUUUCGUCAGCAGAUUCGACUCCCGGUUUCGUUGACCACUUCUGGUUCCAGGACCAAAAUUGCUCGAAGAUCCGCAUAUGUUGAGUUCAUUGCCACGAUUGCAGCUCCAGAUGUUCUGUCAACCCACCCGGAUUCUCUUUAUCCCAUGUCUCUGGUUUGCGGCAAACCGAUCCUCGAAAAUGUUGGAUACAUCUGUCUGGAACAACUUCCAACCGUCGACGUCUCGGACACUUCUAAAGUCGAAUGGAUGUAUCCCCAUUUGAUGUCGAUGCUAUCACCGAGAGAAUUGGAGGUGGCCGACAGUCUCCUCGACCACAAAUUGCGAAACAAGGAUCCACGUUUCAACUUCAAGCAGAUGCUCAUAAAUGUCUUCACUCGCUAUGCAGGACUCGCUGGCAAGAAGCAACAGAACGCGUUUGGGCUUACACGUUAUGGAGAAACAGUCCCGCUCAUCAUGGUUUUUAUUUCGUCGUUGCGGCUGGAUUUGGCGAGUCUGAGCGUUACUAUUGACGCGGCGAUGCUACCUUCAACAGCAAAGCUUGAAGGUCGAGAGGUGCGGGAUCUGCUUACUCAGAUGGAAAACAAAGCCACAGUAUUCCAUGGCGAUGACGCAACACUUGCUCUGUGGAAGUACGCUGCUGCGGCCUUUGCAGAACGCUGUCGCGACUGGGAGCACACCGCGACAUGCGAAUACGCAUUACCGAGUCCCUCUAUCGUUCCCACUGCGGACGCCGACGGCAACAUCCUCUGCUCGUGCGGCCUUGGGAAGUUUCCGCGGGACUACAAGCCAGAUGUGCCGGUAUGGGAGAGUGUAGCGAAAUACUGUGUCCGCGUGGCCAUUCCACCUUCUUACUCGGUUCCUUUGGUGGAGAGGGUUAUUCCCGAUUUUGGAUCCUUCGAUAUAUACGGGAAAAUAGCCAAUCUCGACCCGAAGAAACAGGGCUGCUGGGGAUGCAACGGACACGUCUCCGAAUCGCAGAAGUUGCUGAAGUGCGGCGGGUGUAAGGUCGCUCAGUACUGUUCGAAAGCGUGCCAGGUCAAGGAUUGGAAGCAAGGGCGACACAAGCUGGUCUGCAAAGCGAUGAAGUUGAGUGUUUGA